GGAGACAGUGAUAUUCUGUUGGAAGCAUUAGACAUUAGGCUAUCUCUGCCAAUCAAAAAUUCCCAGCUCAAGUGCAAAGAUUUAAGGAAAUCAGCAUAGGCCCAUUAUGAGGCUUGGAGUGUAUCAAUAGCCUUGAGUUCCUGGCAACCAGAUCAUCUUUAAAAAACUGUCCUAAGAAUGAAAGCAGAUUGCUGGCAUCACAAGUAGAAUAGAAUUAUAAAUGGAACUUGGCUGCUUCUACUCAUCAGAUCUUUUGAGGCAUAAGUCAAGCAGGGCUCCACUGAGGUUUUGCAACAUAAGAGUGAGGGUCAGAGCAUCUCUAGAAGUGAGAUCACCAGGUAGGACCCCAAGACAUUUUGUGGCAGCAGUGAAGAAGGGCAAACCAACCUCCCAAGAACAUGAGCCUCAAGUCUCCGGUGUCUGCUUCUCAGUUUGAAAGCAAAGGCAGCCAUAUUAUGGAUAGAAAUGGAGGUUGCUUUCUAGUCCGGCACACCCCUCAUCCCAGAAGGGUCUGUCACAUCAAAGGUUUGAAUAACGUUCCCAUCUGUACUGUGAAAGAUGAUGACAACUCACUGGGAACAUUGUGGGCUGUUGGCCACUUCAGCCACCUAGAGAAGGAUGAGAUGCCAUCGGCCAAAUGCGGUCACCCACCCAGCACUGCCACCCUGGAGAGUCCUGUCAGAGGAGUCUCGCCAGCCACAAACCACCUCAAAGUGCCCCCUCGGCCUCAUUCUGAGCCCUGUAGAAAAAUUAAGGAGUGCUUCAGAACUUCCAGUGAGAAUCCCUUAGCAAUUAAAAAGGAAGAAAUUAAGGUAAAAAAGCCACUGCCACCUCCAAAGGCAUCCUCCACUGCUGGCUCUUGUUCCUCCGAGGUGAUGAGUCCCAAGACUUGCGUCAAAGAGAACACUGUUUGCAUACCAAACUAUCUGGAUCAGGAAAUCAAAAUUCUGGCAAAGCUCUGCAACGUUUUACGUACUGAUUCCCUGGCAGAAGUUCUACAGUGGCUGGUUCAUGCAGGCGCAAAAGAGAAAGAAUGGAUCUCAGCUUUGAUUCAUGCUGAACUGGCUGAGACAAAUUUGUUGACUCAACCAAGAAACAUCUCAGCAGAGCUAGCAACAGAGAGUAGGAAGCCACCCAAAGUUAAAUCACCCCCAAAUUUACCUGCAAAAUCUCACGUACUGACCGGAUCCCGAGAAGGACACCAACCAACCAGAGUGUCAAGUCAAGAAUCUGAAGGAAAUAAGGAAGUACCAAAAGAGGCUGAGCACAGGCCUCCAUUGUUUAUAAGAAGAAAUAAGAUGAAAAUGCCUGUUGCAGAGUAUUUCAGCCAGCCAAAGUCUCCUCCCAGGCCUAAAACUCAGGAAAGCAUAUCAACAAAACCAAUGUCAGCAAGGAGUACACACCAAGGAUACAAUCUCUCUCCCCAGAGAGCAUUUUAUCCUCUAACAUUCCAAAGGUAGAAAUUCUGGACUCUGCUAUUUCUUUCACAAACAUGAUCUUCGCUCCAUUACAACAUCAAAUUAUUAAAAAAAAUAUUUUGGUAUCAAAGAAUCAACAACUCCUCUAUGUGGUGGCACAAAUCUCAAAGCACCUAUGUAUAAUGCUACUAAAUAGAUAUUAGUGGAGACAGUAUUUCUAUUUGUAGUUAAUUUUAGCAUGAUAUGUAAGAAGUAUGUUUAUUUAUAUACUAUAUUUCUAGUCUUGCACUAAUUGUAUUAUUACAUACGCUCAGGGCCCUGCUGCUAGGAAAAAACAUCCAUAACAGAACUAGGGAGCUACAAUUUGACCCAUGCUCCAAACUCUUGAUAGAGAAAAAACAAAAACAAAAACAGAAUUUUAACAUCUGAGCUACUUUUCACAAUCUAUAGUGUUUCACUGCCAUUGGAACACUGAAUGGAUCCCACAGUGAUUAUGGAAAAAUACUGACCUCCUCCCCAAAAAGGUAUAAAAAUUAUCACUAUUUUAUGAGCCAGAAAGGAACUAGUUUCUACUCAUUGCUAUUUGUGAAUGACCUUAACAAAUUUACUAAUACUUAACUGUUUUGUAUUUUUAAAAUAAACCAUUCUUGGGCCAUGGCUAUUAUU